AUGGAACAGGACGCUGAGAGCUUACUUGUGCAAGCACUGCCGCCCGCGACGGACUACCUCUCCUACCUCACCAUUCUAGAGGACCGAUUGACCCCAGCGGGCCUGCCAUUGCUUCAUCGCUUGUUGCAAGAUGAGAAGUUGACCACGAAUAUCGGGUGGGACCUGGUAAAGAUACUGGUUCCCAUGCUCCCAGCAUCCACGGAUUGCCUUCAGGAUGUUGCGCGCUUGGGAAACCCCCGAGAGGGCAUCCUGCGCGUUUCGGAAGCUUUGAUGGAUCUUCAUCCUCAGGAAGACGAAGACGAAGAUGAACCCACCGCAAGGUCACUUCCGCAACAUGUGAUUCAAUUCAACUGCCUGGUCUCUAUGCUUACCAUACUCCACACCCGAAUCCAAACCAAGUCGGCCAGUCGCUUCAUCGCAACCUCUCUCCAAGCCGUUCUCGAAGCCUACUCAUCGAUGGUCACCGACGAAACGACCCUUGCCUUUCUCGAGUUCAUCCGUGCGGUCUCCCCGAGCAAACGACCUGCCCCGCCACCUCGGACUAGCAGUCAAUCCGCUGUCCUCCGUGUCUCCGAGCCCUCAGCCCCAGACCCCGAAGCCGAGGCCACAUCCCCAUCACCGGACGGAGAUGGCGAAACGAAGCUGGUAAAUCGGUUUUUGCAAUUCGGCCUGAUCGAACUUUUGAAAGCCUACUGGCUGGACUUUGCUUCGUUGUUUGACCCGGGCAUGGCGUAUGCCGUUCGGAUGCAGGAGCAUUAUCUUCCGAACAAAAAAAUGCCUGGAAAGUCACUUACAGAAGCAUACGCCAAUGAUGAGAAGUUGAUAGAACGCGAUUUUAUAAUGGGCAAGAUCAGGGCCCUUUCACGAGACCUCGGGAUCGAUAGCAAUGAGCUACUUUCUAUCGUGCAGAAACCCCCACUUGAUCAAGACGCCGAACCAUUGGAUUUUGAAGAUCCACCAAAGUCUGUCGACGCAAUUGGCCUCGAGCGUCACGGUGCCCUGCUCUUGCUCGCCACUCGGGUUGCAGGCGAAGUAUUGUUCUCAUCGGGCCCCGCUGUGCCACAGAUAGGCGUCGCAAAGGGGUUGCUGAACAUUAUAGAAAACUUCCCCGCUUUAUUGGUGCCGCUGGAGCCCGGCGAACCAAUUGAUAUUCAAGCCAUUCCCAUUUAUGACUCCUUGUUGGCUCUCGCAGCUCACGAGGUACAGCAGCAAUUCGUGCUGCCAACAGAUCCGGGCGAUUUCAAUGACCUAUUUAUGCGAUUGGUAAUGAUGACCUCUUUCGACAAAUGGUCGAUUGUUCGUGAGAUCCCGGCUGCUAUCCUCAAUGCUCAUCCGUCCGAUCACGCGCGCUUCGAGGCUAUCAAGGCCCUGUACCUAAUGAACAAACGCUACCCGCCGGUCGGAGACAUUGGCCUUGGUUUGCUGAAAGAAGAACUGUUGAAGAAUGAUAAGACCAUUUUCCAUGACCCUGUACACCUUUGGACACUGUGGAGCUUGUUGGUAGCAGACCAUGUCAAAUCUGUAUCCAGUCACCCCCUGGGUGAACGGAUACAGGGUCUCCAGAAAAGUGGCGCUGUUAUUGUUUCGGCACUGAACUUGUACUACGUGCUUCUCUCUUCGCCCCUUCGCGAGAAGAUCGGAGUUGAGAAGACCUUAAAAAGCUUCCGUGCCGAAGUCCAAGUUCCACUCAAGAAGGCAUUGGACGAAGUCCUAUCUCAAGAGGCUUCUGCUACUCUUAGAGAAGAGGAACUGUCUGCCUCUAAGGCUGGGGCCGAGCUUAUUGUCUCUUCUAUCGAAAAGAUUGAACAAGCAACGGAAGAUAUCAAGGAUGAACAGUUAAAGGACUGGUCUGGUGAGGAGAAGGAAAAGAUGACCGAGAUCCACCCCGUCUCGGUCUGGUAA